CGUACCCUUAUAUAAAAUCACAUACAAAAGAACCAAAAAAAAUAACCAACAAAAUUUAGGGGUUUUGCUAAAAUUAGGGUUUCUUUCAUUUGAUUACAUAAACGUAAACCGAAUGCAAGUUCUUCAUCCAUCACUCCCGUUUGAACUGUUUCAUGAUAAUCAGAACAGAUAUUGAGCAUCAGCACUAAAUCUCAUGGAGUGCAAUAAAGAUGAAGCCGUUAGAGCGAAAAUAAUCGCAGAGAAAAAGUUGGAAGAUAAAGAUUACACUGGUGCAAAAAAGUUCACUUUGAAAUCGCAAACCCUGUAUCCCGGACUCGAUGGUAUAUCUCAGAUGUUAAUCACUCUUAACGUAUACAUCGCAUCUGAAAAGAAGGUGAACGGCGAGUCAGAUUGGUACGGAGUACUUGACGCAAAACCGUCUGAUGAUGAUGAGACUAUUAGAAAACAGUAUAGGAAGAUGGUGCUUAUGCUUCAUCCUGAUAAAAACAAGUCAGCUGGUGCAGAUGGUGCGUUUAAGAUACUUUCGGAAGCGUGGAAUUUGUUGUCUGAUAGCUCCAAAAGAUCGGCUUAUAACCAGAGACGAAAAAUCGUACCAAACAUUUCGUUUCAAAACGUGCGUCCAUCACCAUCGUCACCUUCCUUUGUCAAUGUAGUUCAUAGAGCAACUUCAAAGCCACAGGCCCGACCCAAAGCUAAACCGAAAGCCCAACCCAAACCAAAAGCCCAAGCCCAAACUCCACCUCCACCUCCUCCUCGGGCUCCGGCUCCGGCUGCAGGUCCAGUUUCGAGCGGGAAGGAUACCUUUUGGACGGUUUGUCGUGGAUGCGUGAUGCAUUACGAAUACUAUAAGGUGUAUCUGAAUGAAACCAUUCUCUGUCCCAGUUGUAACAAGCCAUUUCAUGCAGUAGAGACAGUAUCACCCGUUAACGUGCCUAACGUGCCUAAGCCAGGUGGCUUAGGCAAUAAAACUAACGUGCCUAAGCCAGGUGGCUUAGGCAAUAAAACUAAUGUCCGCCCGUUGAGACCAGAGGUGCAGUUUGGCAUGCCCCCGUCUGGUGCAUCGAAAGCUGCAAAUUUUGGUGAGAAGGUUAACAUGAACAGAAAGUGCGAAGAGUUUAACGCUCAGCGGCUCGCAAAAAGGCAUAAAUACUAAGAUGGUGGUCGGUAGUCGUAUGAUGUAAAGGUCGCAGCCCCGUAUCAAAGAUCUGGCAGGAAUUGACGAGUGUGGUGCGCUUGCAAUCGUGUUCUUGAUUUUGACGUUCACGGAUUUUUAACGUGGAUCUUACUGAAAUGUUUCCACGGUUUAUCAUCUACAGCGUGUAGGUUUUUGUUAGACGGAGGCUUAAUUUUUGUAAAGAAAUUAGUGCUUUUUGGUGCAAAAGAUGAUGCUAUGAUAACCUUAGUUUCUAGCAUGGUUAA